AUGUCUAAAGAUCCAGAUGUCCUUGCAGCUGCUAACUUAGGAAUUCACGUAAGAGGUACAGCAAAAGCUAAAGAACUUUCUGAAAGUCCUCAGCCACUACUAAAACAGCCAGGUUCUUCAAGACUUACCCACGCUUUAUUCUGUUCAUCUAUUUUAAUCCUCAAUUUUGAUACAGGUAUAGUUCCCGCUUCACUAUUUAAAAUUACUCAAGAAAUAGACAUGACCUUUCAGCAACAAGCUGCUAUAGGCUCUCUUGUCUUUUUAGGAAUUUGUGUAGGCUCAUUAGUAGUCACGUCUGUAUUCCAGCAAUUUUCUGCUCAAAAAAUUUUGUCAUGUGUAAUGCUAUUAAAUGCAAUAUCAGCUGGGGUAUUUUCAGUAUCAUCAAAUUUGUAUAUUCUCUAUAUAACAAGAUUUAUUAUGGGAUUCACUAAAUCAUUUUUUGUUAUUUAUGGACCUGUAUGGGUUAAUGAAUUUAGUCCUCCAGAAAGCUGCACAAAAUGGCUUGCUGCUUUGCAAGCUUCUUCUACAUUAGGAAUUAUAAUCGGCUACGUAAUGGCUGGUGUGAUUAUCAACAUUCUCUAUGACUAUGGUACAUGGAGAACUGCUAUUCAAAUCCAAGUGGUAUUUCUAAUCCCCUUGCUCCUUUGGCUGAGAGCUACAUAUUACAAAAACAUUGAUAUCAUUGAUACAACAGACUUCCGGAAAACCACAACUUUAGUUUCUCCAGGCGACCGCCCUACAGGGGAAAGCAAAUUUGUAAGAAUGGAUACUGUGAAUAUUAGUCAUUUAUCAAGCUAUAUGCAGCAGCUUAAAAUGCUAUUUUCAAACUCUUUGUUUAUUUUUAUUACACUUUCUUUAUGCUCGCUUUGUUUUGUAGUUACAGGCAUACAAUACUGGAUAACUUUAUAUUUAAUACAAGUGCUGAAUUCAAAUCCUGCAGAAGUCGUCUUAUUGUUUUCAAUUAUUUGUACGACUGGGCCAAUGUCUGGAGUUAUGUUUGGAGGGUGGCUUUCAGAUCAUAUGGGAGGCUAUAAAGGUGAAAAUUUAAUAACGGCUGUCGAGCUCUGUGUGAUUUUUUCACUAUUCGCAUCAGUGUUUUCUAUUUCAAUUGGGUUUGUAGGGACACUCAAUUAUGUUUGCCCUUUGUUAUGGAUUAUGAUGUUUUUUGGGGGCGCUUUAUUUCCUACAGCGACAGGAAUCAAUAUAAAUUCAUUAUCAAGAGAAUACCAAUCUUCAGCUAGCUCUUUUUCACAAUUAGCCUUCAAUUUAGGCUCAUAUUUCGCCCCAGUGAUAUCAGCGACUGUUAUGGAUUACUAUGAAGAUCCUAUUGAAGGGCUAAGAUGGGGAUUCAGGACUGUUCUUUUUGCAAGCACUUUAGGAGUCGUUUUCUUACUAGUGGCAUGGAUUAUUUGCAGUGCAAGGCAUGGAAGGAAAGGAGAGUAUAAUGAUUUCGAUGAAGAAAAAGAUGUGGUGGGUGAAUUGAAAAAUUACUCUAAUAAUGAGUACAAAAAUGAAAUACUCUUAAGAAGACUUCACUCUUACAGCUUUUAA